AUGACUAACAGUUCCUGUACUUCAGUCAACUUAAAACUCCAUGAACACAAAAUUCUACCUGCCAUUUAUGCCUUUGUUGUCAUUGUUGGUCUGGGAGGAAAUGGAUUGGGAUUAAAGUCGAUGCUGCAGAAAAAGAAGAAACUUCGACACAUUAAUCUGUUCCUUCUGAACCUUGGAGUUGCUAAUUUUUUGUUCCUGCUAACACUCCCAUUUUUGUCAGCGUACUACUUUAUGGACAGUGAAUGGAUCUUUGGAGAAGCCUUCUGCAAGAUCACAAGAUUCUCCUUCAACCUGAAUUUAUACGGCAGCAUUGGAUUCCUCACCUGUGUAAGUGUGUACAGGUACCUGGCUAUUGUCCAUCCAAUGAAAGCGAUGGGACGAAUAACUGUGACUCACUCUGUGGCUAUCUCUGUUGUGGUUUGGCUGUUGGUGAGUGCUCAAAGUCUUCCAGACAUCUUCUUCUCCAAAAACUCACCAAAUAAAACUGAAAAAUGCUACCAUACCACCUCUGACGAAUAUGUGGAGGAUUAUCUGAAAUACAGUGUGGGUUGGACAUUGACUGGGUUUGUUAUGCCACUCCUUAUUUUACUUGGCUGCUAUGGACAUGUGACUCUUGUUCUCUGUCAUGCAAAUACCAUUAAGGAGGUGGUGAAAAAACGAGUGUUAAAGUUAUUAUUCAUCUUGAGCCUUCUCUUCUCGGUUUGUUACAUCCCCUAUCAUAUUUUCAAGAACCUCAGCCUUUAUUCAAGAGUUUUGUCAAAACAGGGGACAUGUCCAGAUUGGAAUGAGGGAGUCUUUGGGGCUCACCAGAUAAGUCGUGGAAUUGUGUGUUUGAACAGUGUUUUGACUCCCCUGGUUUAUCUCCAUCUAAAGGAUUUCCCUACUCGAUUUCAACAGCUGCUCCGGCGAACUCGUCAGAUCUUUAAUUGGCCAAAAUCAAGGAGUGGCAGAAUCCCUGUGACACAGUCUGAUAAAGUUUAACAAGUUUUCCAUAUGUUAAAAAUCACCAGCUCUACAUGCAUCUUUGUUGUAAUUGUAAUCGCACUGUAUAAAAUUUCACUGGUUUUGACUAAGUCAGUGUGGCACCCCUGAGUAUUUUGAGCAUCAAGAACAAGUCUCAGAUGUGUUCCUUAUGUGUUCGUGCAAGAGGUUGUCAAAGUGCAGAGUGGUUCAGCUUGGUGACCAGACAGGCACCCAAUUCCCAGAAUUCAGGACAUGCUAGAUUCCUUUCAUGGCAGCUCCUGGUCUGUUCUUGAUCAGGGGAAAGCAUACCAUCAGGGGUUCCUGGACCCUGAAAGUCGUCCCCUGACAGCCUUCAUCACACCUUGGGGCAUAUACCAGUGUAACCGCAUACCCUUUGGCCUCAGUUCAGCCCCCGCAGAGUUUCAGCGGAGCAUGGAGGACUGUUUAAGGGGCCUGCAGGAUGUAAUCUGUCAGCCAUAUUUGGACGACAACCUAGUCCACUCUCCUUCAUUUGAUACCAAUCUUGAACACAUCAGAGCCGUCCUACAGAGAUACCAAAAACAUGGUAUCGAACUCAGCCCACAGAAAUGUGACAUUUUCAAAAGAAAGGUACGUUUCCUUGGUUGGAUGGUGUCUGAAGAGGGAUAUACCAUGGACCCAGGGGAAAUAGUUUCUGUACAAGCUCUCAGAAAUAAACCACCAUCCACAGUGGGGGAACUGAGUCGGGUCCUAGGAUUCUUAUAGUAUAUAUGGAUAAGGUCUUCAAUCACUUUGCUCUGAACUUUGCUUUCCCAGCAUGAAUACACCAUGACAUGGGCAGGGAAUUUGAGAAUCAGAUGUUUUCCCAGCUGCAAAAAGUCUGUGGUCUAUGAGGCUCUCACACUACCCCAUAUCAUCCACAAGGAAAUGGGCAAGUGGAGCGUUUCAACAAAACUUUAUUGUCCGUGUUGAGAACUGACCUUGAAAAGGCAGACUGGAAGGAGUCACUGGCAAAAGCAGUGAAUGCCUACAACUGGACUCAGAAUGAGUCUACAGGAUUUUCCCCGUACUAUUUCUUGUUUGGCCAUACUCCGAGACUUCCUAUAGACAUCUUGUUCAACUGUCCUUCACAAAAACAGCUACAUGUUAAGCUACAUGGAGUAUGUGUCAAAAUGGCAACCCCGAAUGAAGGAGGCCUAUGAGAUUGCAUCUAUGGCAGCCCAAAAAGUAAAGCUUCAAGAGGUAAAUAGUAUUACAACCGUAGGAUCUAUGGAGCUCAACAUCACCCAGGGAACAGAGUCCUGCUCCGCAACCUCAAAGAGCGAGGAGGCCCAGGCAAGCUUCGGUCAUGAUGGGAGGACACAGUGGAUGUGAUGGUGAGUCAAAAAAGCCACACAGUACACGGGAACCUGUUGCUUCCAUGUGACAGCCUACCUGUAGAAAAAACACACAGAUAGGAGCAAAACAAAAGACGUAAAAGCCUAAGACAAAAGGGGGGAGAAGCUCAACAACGUCUACUACAGCAAGACAAGGACAUAGAGAGUGAAGAUGAGGGUGAGCUUGUGUGAAGGUUUCCACAGCAAAACAGUACCACCAGCAUUAUCCCUCAAACCCUGAAAUCUGAGGUGGGUGAACAACAACUGGGAGAGCCUCAAACAGCUGACUUAGACCCUUUCUUACAGGACAACAGAAACGUAAACGAACCUGAGUUGCACACAGCAGAGCAACAUUACAACCAACAGGAGUCACAAGAUGAGCAAAUAUCAGAUGAACAACAAGAUGAGCAAGGAAACAGUGACUCGAAUAGUGAACAAGGGUUGUCACCUGUCCUCAAACACCCCAAGAGAGAGCGACGCCAGCCCAAACUGCUGACAUGUGACGUGUUAGGACAACCCACAGUCAGACAAGCUGAUAUGGACAGUAUUAAAAUGGGAGCUAUUUGCACCCAGGGACUGUGGAGACCUUGGUGGCCUGAAGAUAUAUACCAGGAAGGUGUGAGAGACAGUAAUAAGAAACUGAUCCAGAAUAAAGACAUUAACCCUCUGGGGUUGACGGAUGCGCCGGCGCGUCAAAAUCACAUGACCAAUUUAGGACGAAACAGCUACAAGAUGCAGCGACUCAGAGUCUCCAUUUCAACUUGGGUCGAAAGUGCGGACUACAAACUAUAUACCAGUCUUUAAAUUGUGUUGAUAGGCCACGUUAAACCAGAGUUAUGAUAAAAAAUACACGCAAUGUUUUUUUCUGAACAAAACAGUGAUGUUUAGAGCGGGAAGAAACUGUAAAAACGGUGUUUUCUAAGGACAGCGCUAGCAAACACUCUCCGCUAGUGAGUGAAAAAAGAAAAAAAAACACCCCUUCCCUAUUGGUGUUAAAGUGUACCAUUGCAACCAAU